CGUGCAUCUGCGAGAAGAACAAGCGUGUCACCAACUGCAGGCCGCUCAAUGGCUCCUGCUGGUGCGACUCGGUGGGCUCCGGCGUGUCCGUGAACUGCGGCACUUUGACUUCAAAAUGCCUGUUGAUGAAAGCAGAAAUGACAGGCUCAAAAUCAGGUCGCCGUGAGAAACCAAAAGAUGCAUUUGAAAACACUGACGGCCUUUAUGAUCCUGAGUGUGAAAAUACUGGUGUUUUCAAGGCAAAGCAGUGCAACGGAACCACCUGUUGGUGUGUGAAUACAGCUGGCGUUAGGAGAACUGACAAACAUGAUGCAGACUUGAAGUGCAAUCGAUUAGUCAGAACGACGUGGAUCAUCAUUGAAAUGAAACAUGCCGAGAGAAAUGCUCCUCUGACCACUGAAUCUUUGAACAAGUUCUUCAAGGAAACAAUUACCAGUCGUUAUAUGCUGGAUGGACGCUAUAUAAGUAAUGUUCUGUAUGAAAAACCUUACAUUACUAUUGAUUUGAAGCAAGAUUCCUCAGACAAAUCUUCUGGAGAUGUGGAUAUAGCUGAUGUGGCCUACUACUUUGAAAAAGAUGUAAAAGGCGACUCCAUCUUUCAUAAUAAUAAUGGACUAAACAUCAGUAUUGAUAAUGAAGAACUGCAUUUUGAGAAGACUGUGGUCUACUAUGUUGAUGAAAUAGCACCGGAGUUUUCCAUGAAGUCUCUGACAGCUGGCCUCAUUGCUGUCAUUGUAGUAGUAAUAGUAGCAAUAGUUGCUGGAAUUGUGGUUCUGGUCCUCACAAGGAGGAGGAAAGGGAAGUACGUGAAAGCAGAGAUAAAGGAAAUGAAUGAAAUGCAUAGAGGACUGAACGCGUAA